GUCCCGUCCGGCUGCGAGGCUUCCUGGGCAAGUGCGUGCUUCCGAGGGAGGGCCUUCCCUGGCUUCCUCCCUCCCGGGUGACCCAGAGUCACCACUGCCAGCUGCCCCCAGGCGGCGGCGGCCUGCGAGGGGACGGUCCCUGGAGGCUCCGCCUAGGGCGACCUGGCCGUAGGCUGAGCACCCGUCCGCGGGCUCUGGCCAGUCGCCAGCUGCUGACACCUGGAAGGCGAGGAGGGCAAGAGGUGGGGCGUCUGUGGCUCUGGAGCGCGCGGAACUGGCCCUCUUCCCGGUGAGAAACCCAGCGGCUUCUUCCGCACGCAGUGAAGCCGUGCUAUCUCUUUAAGAGGGCCCCUGCUGGCAGGAUGGACACCCUGGAGGAGGUGACCGGGGCUGACGCCGGCACAGUGUCGCCCGCACCCAUGGCCCCGAACAUCAGCGUGCCCCACUGCUGCCUGCUACUGCUCUACGAAGACAUCGGCACCUCCAGGGUCCGGUACUGGGACCUCCUGCUGCUCAUCCCCAAUGUGCUCUUCUUCAUCUUCCUGCUCUGGAAGCUUCCGCUGGCACGCGCCAAGAUCCGCAUCACCCCCAGCCCUAUCUUCAUCACCUUCUACAUCCUGGUGUUUGUGGUGGCGCUGGUGGGUAUCGCCCGCGCCGUGGUGUCCAUGACUGUGAGCGCCUCGGAUGCGACAGUGGCUGACAAGAUCCUGUGGGAGAUCACCCGCUUCUUCCUGUUGGCCAUCGAGCUGAGCGUGGUCAUCCUGGGCCUGGCCUUCGGUCAUCUGGAGAGCAAGUCAAGCAUCAGACGGGUGCUGGCCAUCACCACCGUGCUAUCCCUGGCCUACUCCGUCACCCAGGGCACCCUGGAGAUCCUGUACCCGGACGCCCACCUCUCAGCCGAGGACUUCAACAUCUACGGGCACGGAGGCCGCCAGUUCUGGCUGGUCAGCUCGUGCUGCUUCUUCCUGGUCUACUCCCUGGUGGUCCUCCUGCCCAAGACGCCGCUGAAGGAACGCAUCUCCCUGCCUUCGCGGAGGAGUUUCUACGUGUACGCGGCCAUCCUGGCGCUGCUCAACCUGCUGCAAGGGCUGGGGAGCGCGCUGCUCUGCGCCGACAUCAUCGAGGGGCUGUGCUGUGUGGACGCCACCACCUUCCUCUACUUCAGCUUCUUCGCGCCGCUCAUCUACGUGGCCUUCCUCCGGGGCUUCUUCGGCUCGGAACCCAAGAUCCUCUUCUCCUACAAAUGCCAAGUGGACGAGACUGAGGAGCCCGACGUGCACCUGCCCCAGCCCUACGCUGUGGCCAGGCGCGAGGGCCUGGAGGCCGCAGGGGUGGCCGGGGCCUCUGCCGCCUGCUACUCCAGCACGCAGUUCGACUCCGCUGGCGUCGCCUACCUGGACGACGUGGCCUCCAUGCCCUGCCACGCGGGCAGCAUCAACAGCACAGACAGCGAGCGCUGGAGGGUCAUCAACGCCUGAGCACGGCUGCCCCAGGCCGCGGCGAGGACUGGCCCUGGGGAACCCGAGGCCGAGGCCGGGCGCAACAGAGCGAGGUGGCAGGGCCAGGCCGAGGGCCGCUUCCUGCCCCCCCCCCGGUCCCCCUUCCGCCUGCCCUUGGCUUGACCGCCCAGGGCAGGCUGGCAGCGGGCACCUCCCUCGCCCCGCUGCCCCGUCCCCAUGGCACUCUGGCCUCCUCCAAGCCCACCGGGGUGGGUGGACUGAAGCGUGUAUAUUUUCGUGAUCUAUUUUUUAAUAAAAAGCAAAAGCGGCA